GCACCAACUGCUACUUUUAUUUUGUUCUUAUACACGGACAGAGAGACAGUGUAGUUACUUCCGGAAAGAAAUGGCAUCUUUGGAUAGGGUGAAGGUGUUGGUUUUGGGAGAUUCCGGAGUAGGGAAGUCCUCUCUUGUACAUUUAUUCUGCCAGAAUCAAGUUUUGGGAAAUCCGUCAUGGACUGUGGGCUGCUCAGUGGACGUCAGGGUUCAUGACUAUAGAGAAGGCACUCCAGAAGAGAAGACACACUACAUUGAACUCUGGGACGUUGGGGGAUCUGUUGGCAGUGCCAGCAGUGUUAAGAGCACCAGAGCUGUGUUUUACAAUUCUGUAAAUGGCAUUAUUUUAGUUCAUGAUCUGACCAAUAAGAAAUCCUCUCAGAAUCUGUACCCCUGGUCACUGGAGGCACUAAGCAAAGACUCCUCUCCAACUGGCAUCAUUGUAUCAAAUGGGGAUUAUGACCGAGAACAGUUUGCAGAGAACUCAGUUCCCCUUCUGCUAAUUGGCACCAAAUUUGAUCAGAUCCCGGAAAACAAGCGGAAUGACGUCCUGACCCGCACUGCCUUUAUAUCUGAAGACUUUAAUGCGGAAGAGAUUAAUUUGGAUUGUACAAAUCCACGUUAUCUUGCUGCUGGAUCAUCAAAUGCUGUUAAAUUGAGCCGGUUCUUUGACAAGGUAAUAGAAAAGAGAUACUUCACAAGAGACCCUAGCCAGAUGCAGAGUUUCACCGACAGGAGGCGCUUUAAUUUCAAAAGUCUGCACAAUGAUUGA